AUGGAUAAGAUCCCCAAGUUUCGCCGGAAACCCAAACCCCCGGUGCUCGAGACGGCCAUCGACCGCAACGGCUCCGUGGCCUCGGACAAGAUGAGUCCCAACGACUCGCCGCAGCGCACUCACCAUAAGAUGGCGCCCUUCAGGAGCCUGCGCCUGCGAGGCCCGUCGAAGCGCGCCCGGGACAGUCCUCCCUCAGACCUGACGCCCACCACGCCGUCGGCCGUCGUCGUGGCGCAGGAUGGCAUCCACACAAUGUGUUCUCGCCCCGCUAACCAUCACGCGCCAUCUGCAGACAUCGACGCCAAAUAUCAGGAGCUCACCUGGGCCGAGCGGGUCAGGGUUGCGCAGGGCAUGCGAGACGACAACUUGGGCGACCCGCGAUGGGCCCUGUACAAGCACGCCGACACGCACGACAAGAUGGAUCGCUACAUCAACAUCAGGCCUUGGGCGCAUAACCGGGUCAAGCUCCGGGUGCCAGAGUCCGAGUUCGACUAUGUCAACGCCUCUGCCAUUUCUCUCACGUCCCCGACCGACCCGCACAAGCCGCCGUUACACUACCUUGCCAUGCAGGGCCCUACCGUAUCAUCGUUCGACCACGUCUGGCGCAUGAUCGCGGAACAGUGUCCCUCUCCUGCCGUCAUCGUGCAGCUCACCAACCUGGUGGAGCUUGACAUGGUCAAGUGUGAUCAGUACUUCCCCAUGGGCGAUGAGAUCCCCACAGGCGGACAGGACACCGUCUGGAGCGUCAACGAAUACAAUCUCUGGGGUGACAACUGGAGGGCGGAUCUGACGUUUGUCUCGGUAGAGGAGCUUGCUGGUGGCGCGAUUGAGAAGCGCAAGCUGCUGCUUCACGUCCACGGGGAGCAAGAACCGAGGGUUGUCUGGCACUUUCUCUACAGGCGUUGGCCCGAUUUUGGUGUGCCCACUGCGGAAGAUGUAGACAGUUUCCUGGAGCUGAUGAGGCUUUCCCGGGAGCAUACCGCGCCCUCGGCACCGCGCGUCAUUCACUGCAGUGCUGGUGUAGGUCGGACAGGUACAUUUAUCUGCCUCGAGCACCUGAUGAGGGAGCUCGACUCGGGGGCCUUGGCGAGGUACGAUAUGCCAUCGGAGCGCACUGAUCUCGUGUGUCAAACGGUGGACACGCUCCGCCAGCAACGCCGGGGCAUGGUCCAAGGCGAGAUCCAGUACCGAUUCAUCUACCAGGUGCUGCGGAAGCUCUGGCAUGAAAAGUACGGUGGUACGGACGGGGAAGCCAGGAGUGUUGAACCAGCGGCUAAGAGACUCGAGGUUGCGAGCCCCUUUACUGGCAACUUCCGGCCUGCAACGAAUUAG